UACUACUAUUGUAUUUGUCUUAAGCAUUGUAAAUAUGAAGAGCAAAUAAUAUUUAAUGAAUGACAAACAUUUGACUGUAUCAUAAAGGUAUAUCUUGCUGCAAUGUGAAUAUGAUUAUAAUUACAAAGUGUAUUUGUUGAGUGAAUCUUAUUACUGAAAGUUGAAUUCCAACGUUAAAGUGAAAUACACAAGCUCAACAUAUAACACACCUAUUUUUCCAUAUAUUACAUUCAAUAAAAAAAGAGAAGAAAAGUAUACAACAACAACAAAAAUGAAAUUUAAAAGUACUUCAGUGAGUUAUACUACAACUGAUCCAGUCGCCUUGGAGACGUUGAAGAAAGCACAGGAAAUGCAGUUGGACAGCCAAUCUAAGAAGCAUUUAUUCCGUAGUCACAAGUCGAAAAAAGACUCAUUACCUGAACAACCGAAUAAUAGUCUACAAAGGCGAAAGUAUUCUUUAUCAACACCAACAGAAUUACAAGCUAUAGCGGAUGAAGAAACUUCAAAAUCUUCAGAUACACUACAGAAGGGUCAAAAAAUGAAAGAGAAGAAAAAAUUCUCUCUUCGGAAGCUGAUUGGUAAAUUUGACGAUUCGUCGAAAUCAUCUAUCAACGGGAAAUUGAACAAAAGUCAAUCAGAUGAAUUACUGCAUAGAAAAAGUGAACAAAUGCAAGCAGAAUUAGAUUUAGUGCAUAAAUUAAUGCAUUCACCGGAAGAAAUGGGUUUAGACAAUGAAUGUAGUAAAGAUCAUGAAACUGAAUGUUAUGUACAAACAAUCUAUGAACCGUGUUCAUUGAGUAGAACAGCUAUUAACUUUGAUCGUCUAUUACGUCGUAUUGAUACAACAAAUGCACGCGUCACUACACUGAUCAAUCUUUCUACUACUGCUGUCCUGGCGUCAGAUAAAAGUGCUAUCAACUUUUUAGUCAAUAGUCUGAAACGUAUGCGACGUAAACAAGGUCUGUCGAUCAAUGAAGCUGAUGAUAUAAUGCCGACAUUUUUAAAAAAUCCGCUACUUUUAUUACGUUCCAGAAAGAAAAAGCAUAAAAGUGAGAAUGGUAUUAAUGGUGGUGAAGGAAAACUGGCGACAUUCACUUUAAGUUAUCCUGAAGACGAUGAUGACGGUGAUAAUGAAGACGGUGAAGAUGAUGAAACUGAUAGAGAUGAAGCACUUGAUGACAGAGAAAUCCUAUGGGAAAUGAGUAGUGUACAGAUAAGUACUGAUUGUUCAACAAGUGACAGUGAUGAUGAAGGUCCAACACCUGAGUAUGUUUUAAAUUUAUCCAAACAAAUACGUAAAACAGAAGGUGUGCGAUUGAAACAGAACUUACGCUUAAUACGUCAUAAGAAAUCAUCAACAGCAGCAUUGAAUAGUGGAGUAGUUCCAGGAGGUAAAAAGACCUCAAUCAAUGUACCGCCUCCAUUAAAUCCUCUAGCGCAUAAUCGUAAUGAUAUGCUUAGAGCACAUGCAACAGUACCAAGUGGUCUAUGUCAACAAGGACGUAAAGUAUCAUCAUCAUCUAUGAUGUCAUCAAGUGGUUUACCGCAUUUCGAUGGAAGUACAAAAUCAACACCAACAUUACCAUUUAAUUUACUUAGUCUUACUGGACAAUUAUCCUGGCUUAUCUCUGAAUACAUUGAACGUGGUAGUUCUACAUAUAAAUGGGCAACUGAAUUAAUUAAUUCAAUCGGUAAAAUGUCAGUAACACGUUCAACAUGGUUAAAUGUUCAUCAACAGUUAAGAGAGACAACUGAAUUAUUAUAUUCACAUCGUGAUCAAUUAAUUAAAAAGAAUUAUGCAUUAUCUGAAACACCACAAGGUGAAAUUGCAUGGAAUAAAUUACAAGCUGUUCAUCAAGGCAUUCUUUACGGGGAUUUAAACUCGAGUACAAUUACAACAGAUCGAUUGAAAACACUGUGUAAAUCAUUAAAAGUGAAUAUCAAUAAUGGUGAUGACAUUCGUACUACCAAUGAUAAUAAUAAUAAUAAUAGUAAUGCGAAUACAGAAAGAAGAUUAGUUCAGUUGUCAUCUUUACUAGAGAAGAAAUUACAUUUGGCAUAUUUAUGCGAUUUAUUAUUAUGGAAAGCGCAUAAACUCAUAUUAGCAGAUCAUGGUAAUAAUGAUGAAGAUGUAGCCAAGUGUCAGCUGAUGGAUUUCCAAAUACGUCUGCUGGAAUUACAAUUAGAUCAGGCCAAUGGACAGAAUUGGUCGCCUGAAUUAAUGGACUAUAUGGUUUGUUGGAUGAGUGAUAUUUGUGAAUGGAAGGCAGAAUUCCAACCGAACACUUCAGAUGUUGACUAUUUUAUAUGGAAUGAAUUGUAUGUAUUUAAAAAUUCUGUUCAAAAUCUACUUGACUUAGUGAAAACACUGACUUCGUGUAAACUGAUCCGAUCAGCACUGGAUGAAAAUGGCAAGAAUAUGGUUGAUCAUAAACAGAGUAUUGCAAGCAGUAGUGGUGGUGGUAGCAGUGCGCUAAAUUCAAACACUUCACUGACAGAUUUAUCCUUAAAAAGUCAAUCAUGUCGUUCUCAUCACUAUCAUCCACAUCAUCAUCAUCAUGGGCAAGGUGAUUUUCGUACUCUAGACGCUGAUCGAUGUUCACGUUCAUAUGCUGCAAUGAUUAGACAAAUACAAGAACAUGCUAUGAAAAAUAGACCAUUAGGCUAUUUCGCUGAACGUGCUUUAUACGAUAUUGCUGUUGAGUUAGGCUGUCAAGUGGAUUGGGAUGAAAGAUUUCAUAGUUUAAGCAAAGAAUUACUGAAUGCUUGGAAAGAAUGGGAGUUGAUUAUUCAAGAGAAAGUUGAUCGUGAUUUCUAGUCUUUUAAUUUUGUUAAUAAAACCACAAACACAUUCGAGUAUUGGUCAGCUCUUCACAUACUCCAGUCUCUCAUUAAAAUAAAAGAAGAAGAAGAGAAAAACAAUAAACAACGAGAAGGUAACAUCUGUGCAGGCAGCCAACCGUCAACAGAGUCAGCGCCAGCCUCAGUAAACCUACCUUCACUUAUUACAAUAUUUUUGUGUCAUAUUCAUUUUAAUAGAAAAACACUAUACUACUAUUAUUGCUAUUACUACUACUACUACUAGUACUUACUUAAUCAAUGACAUCUAUUUUUCUAACUCAAAAAGAGAUUAAAAAUAUAAUUUCAUCAAACCCUUCAUUUAAGAGAACAUAUAUAUAUAUAUGUUUAUAUGCACUGUAUAUGAUAUCAAACAUCUUAAAUAAUGAAUAAUGAGAAUACUGAAAGAUUUGAUUUCCUCUCUCUUCGUGCAAAAUAAGAAAUUAUUGUUGAGUGGUAAGCAGAACAACUCUUCACUCUUUGUGUUCAACUGUUUUGCGUGUAUUGCCUAGAAAUUCUCGACCCUCUUGAUUUCUGGUAAAAACAACAACAACAAUAGUCUUAUUGACAAUUGAAAUUUCCAAUUCGCAUCUUAGUAAUGAAAACUUUGUUUAGCUGAUUACUUCUCAUGACCAAUAUUAUAUUUUUUCCGUUGCAGACACCCGUUUUACCUUAAACAAUAUACACUUUUAUCAUUGUACGCUCUAUUCUGUACUGCUAUUUUUCCACUCGAUGUAUCUCUCUGUUUUUUUUUUCGUUUUAUUUGUUUGUUAACUGUCAGGAAGUGAAUGUUGAAAAUAAAAUUUUGACUGAAGGAAAAA